AUGAAAGACACUAUAGUUCUCUACCCAGGCCCUGGCAUCAGCCAUCUAACCUCCAUGGUUGAGCUGGGCAAACUCAUCCUCCGCCACUACAGCUCACGUUUCUCCCUCACAAUCUUCAUUACAAGCAAUCCUUUUGACAGCGCCAAAAUCGACCCUUACAUCGAUCGAGUCUCUCAGACAAACCCUUCAAUAACCUUCCACCGCUUCCCUUCUCUUCCCAAGCCUCCUUCCCUUAAACCCCCUUUCCACCCUGUCGCCAUACUCUUGGAAUCGAUUAGACUCAACAACCCAAACCUUCUUCACACCCUCCAAACUAUCUCUGAAACCUCCUAUAUUGCAGCCCUUGUGAUCGAUUUCUUCUGCAAGCCAGCCUCCGAUGUCGCCACCGAGCUGAACAUCCCUCUUUACUACUAUUUUCCAACUAAUGCCUCUAUUGUUGCCAUGUUCCUUCACCUCCCAACCCUCCAUAACGAGACUGACAAGAGCUUCAGAGAGCUUGGCAACACUGUUCUCCACAUUCCUGGAUUGCACCCAAUUCGAGCUUCACAUAUGGGGGCAUCUGUACUCGAUCGGAACAACCAGGUUUACGAUAAGAUGUUGGAUCUGGGUACCCAACUCCUCAAAUCAAAGGGAAUUAUAUCAAACACCAUCGAGGCACUAGAGCCGGAAGCAAUCAAUGUGAUCAAGAAUCAAACGCCGGCCAUUUUCUGUGUUGGACCAUUAGUUACAGAACCCGGAGAUCAAUCUGGUGGGGCUGAUUGUUUGUGGUGGCUUGACAGUCAACCAAGUCAGAGUGUUCUGUUCUUGUGUUUUGGCAGCUUUGGUGUGUUUUCAGUGAAGCAAAUUGCAGAGAUUGCUGUUGGGCUUGAGAGGAGUGGACAGAGGUUCUUGUGGGUGGUGAAGAACCCUCCAUCAAUCGGUGGUGGUGGAAGGAUGAUGUCUCCACUAUCCACCAUUAAUUUCGAUCUUGAAGCUGUGAUGCCGGAGGGGUUUCUGGAGCGGACCAGAGGCAGGGGUUUGGUGGUGAAGUCAUGGGCGCCGCAGGUGGAGAUUUUGGGUCGAGAAUCAGUGGGAGGAUUCGUGACUCAUUGUGGGUGGAACUCGGUUUUGGAAGCGGUGUCUGCUGGCGUGGCCACUCUAUGCAGAGCAACAUAUGAAUAA